GUAACAGAGUGAAAUACAAAUUAUAUUAGCCCCGCUCUCUCUGUCAACAAAGCUUCGCCAAGAACAUGGCGAACCACUACGAAAUUCCGAAAUGUGCUCACAUAAACAAUCAAUAAUGGCGGCUGCAUGGAGCCGGCGUGUCGACGUAGAUUCGUGUUCAGGAUGAAAAAUUUGGCAAAAACAAAAGUAGGAAAGUUGUAAUUCUUCCAAUAUUUUUGGAUAUUCAAGAGGGCAGGUAAACCACCCGUUGGCUUACAUUUGGAUGUGGCUAAAGGUGACAAGCUUAUCCAGAAACUGAUGAUUGAUGAGAAGAAGUGCUAUUUAUUUGGUCGGAAUCCCCAGCUGAAUGACUUCUGUAUUGAUCAUGCUUCAUGUUCCAGAAUCCACUGUUCUCUAGUAUAUCAUAAGCACCUCAACAUGGCCUUUCUUGUUGAUCUUGGGAGCACACAUGGAACGUACAUAGGAAAAAUCAGACUUGAAGGUCAAAAACCCACACAACUUCCAGUCAACUCUACAUUUCAUUUUGGAGCAUCAACGAGAAUGUACACCCUAAGAGAAAGACCUCAAACUGCACCUAAACCUGUUAUGGAGGAGUUGGAGAGGAUGACAGAAGAUAGUGAUGGAGGUCUUCUGGGUCUUCCAGAGACUGAAACAGAAUUAGAUAACUUAACAGAAUUUAAUACUGCACACAAUAGACGUAUAUCAAUGCUAGGUAUUGGAGAAGAUGAUCCUAAACAGAGAGGCCUCAAACGACAUAAAUAUAAUGUCAGCUUUAAGGACGAAGAAGAUGUCAUAAAUCCAGAAGACGUAGAUCCCAGUGUUGGAAGAUUCAGAAAUCUUGUUCAGACGACUGUGGUGCCUUCAAAAAAACGACGGUUGGACAUUAGUGGACUUGUAUCAAGUACCAGUGGACGUGAUGCUAAUGGGAGUAAUAAGAACCAGAUUCAGUUUCCUCGCAGUGAUGGCCUAUAUGCAGAUCUACCACCAGAACAGCAUGGCCAUGGAGGGUCUCACCACUCCAUGUUCUCUUCAUUGUUAUCUUCAAAACUUGGUUUACCACUACCAAAUCCUGCACCAGAGGUUGAACUGGUACCUCCUGAACCCGUUGCUCCUGAAGUACCAGCUCAUCUUCAAGUUUCUGUAGAUCCCGAUGAACCUAAGAAGAAGAAGUAUGCCAAGGAAGCUUGGCCAGGAAAGAAACCAACACCAUCUCUGCUUGUGUAGCUUUCAAAGUAACUGAAGUGGUAAAAGGAUGCAAAUUGAUUUGAGUGCAACUGUAAUUUUAUAAGAUAUUUUGAUGAUGGCAAAGGCACAAGCCCCAGCAUUUUGGUGGGCUUUGAUCUUGAUAUAUAUAUUUGUAUUUUUCUAGUGUCUGUUUGUUUGUUAUUUAUACAAAUUAAUGAAAAUAUCUUAUUAACCGUAGUAUAAGAUGAGUAUUACAGAGCUAUAGUUUAGUACAGUAAUGAAUCAACAGUCUUCAUCAGGUUAAAACUGUCGUACCCAUCUUGGUCAGUUUGCCUGAACAAACGCUGUGGGCACUAGAGGUCAGUAUGUUAUGUUUUUCUCAGACAUGGAGUACAGUAUAAGGAGAUGUAUGUGAUGUUAGUGAAUGAAUGAAUGAAUGUUGUAUGAUCAAUUUGUCUCUAUUACUUAGAAUUGUUUAUGAUAGUAUUGUUAUCUGUAAUUAAAAUUUAGCAAAUUAAGGCUUUAGAAAUCUAAUUGAUUACAGUAAUUUAAUAAAUACUUGUUAUUGUCAUCAAAAUUAUUAAUUGUUCCUAAUGUAUGAAAAGAACAAUUUAAAAAAUUUAUGUGACUAGAAUUACUGAGAACUGAAAAGCAAGCUUUUGAAUUGUGUGAAUUGUGGAGCAUUGCAGCCAGACAUAAGCUGGAGAAUUGAUGGAAAAGAUCAAUAAAUGGUUUUAUACAUAA